AUGUCCGGGUUAAAGAACUCCGGAAAGAAGGCGGUCGAUGCCAUUUUGAACCCACAAAAGAUCGACGUUGCUUUCCAAAAAUUCACCAGGCCUACCGUUGCAGCUGGCAAGACCACAUUCCCGACUUCUCAACGGGACCUGAAAAAUAUCGGGUUCCAUUUCGACCUUGCCGACCACACCCGUCAAGUGCCCGACACCAGACCUAAUGCGAAACCAGGCGCUACACGAACCGCCAAUGUUUUCCAUUGGCAAGCAGCUGCGGAAGCCGAGUCAAAGUCCAUUAAGGACUGGAUUCGAAAGAAUGGAUCGCAUGCAGUGAUCCAGACUCUUGAAGUCCCAGUAGAUGCCACCAAGGAGGAGUUCGAGGAUAUCCUGAAAACUGCAGCAAAAAAGCUCUAA